AUGGCACCUAGGAGAAGAAGUGUCAAUGCUCUUGGAACUGAUCAACCAGCUGCUAAUCGUAGAGUUCCCCCUGUUCCUAUUCCACCUUUAGUAGCGCCAACUACUACUCCAGCUGUGGGCAUUAUUCCCCCUACUGCACCAUCUGUUGCUCUAGUGGUCCUUGAAGCACCAGGAGUUGUUCCUGCUGCACCAGCCGCACAGGUUUUACAGUCAUUGUUGGGAUUAUUGAACAAUCAUGUAACCCCACAACCAGCAGUUCCACCAACUUUAAGUUUGGAUAGAGUGGACCCUACGGAGGCAGAGGCAUGGGUACUGGAGAUGGAGAAAAUAUUUGAUGUUCUAGGUUGUUCAGCAGACCAGAAGGUGGCCUUUGUAGCUUUUAGGUUCAAGGGUCAAGCAGAGCAUUGGUGGCGUAUAGUGAAGCGUCAAUAUGAGGGUAGGGAAAUAGAGCUAGUGUGGAGCAAGUUUCUGGAACUGUUUAAUGAGAAAUACUUCUCUGAAACGGUGCAAAGGCAGAAGCAAGUGGAUUUUCUCAAUCUGAAGCAAAAUGAUAUGACAGUGGCUCAGUAUGAAGCCAAGUUUGUGGAGUUGUCGAGGUAUGCCCCACAUCAGGUGGCCAUAGAGGAAGAUAGAGUGAUGUUGUUUGAGAAUGGCUUACGGUCAGAGAUCUAUGCAAAAGUAGCUAUUUUGGAGAUGAAGAGAUAUUCUACAUUGGUAAGCAAGGCAUUACUAGUUGAAAAGGGGGCAGAAGAGGAAAAUAAAGUUGAGGAACAAAAGGCUAAGGAACCACAAAAUAAGAGGCUUAGGGAAGAGGGACAAGUAGAGCAUCGUGGUGGUGGUUGCAAUCCUAGCAAGAAGUAUUACACCCAGGGUUAG